UCAUUUUUUUCGGUAUAAAUAGAUUGCGGAGGUACUCUCACACCAUCAGUUGUGAUUAAUCUAUUCGACUCUAAUCAAGUCUGUUUCAAUCAAACACUUUUAAAAAUGUUCAAAUUGUUCGUUGUGCUUUCAAUCUGUGUUGCGGCCAUUUAUGCCCAAGACCAGGAUGCCGAAACCCUAAAUUUCAAAAGCAACAACGAUCCAGACGGUACAUAUGAAUUCGCUUACGAAACCAGCAACGGUAUUUCGGGACAGGCAUCCGGAAUCGGUGGAGUGUCCGAAAAUGGUCAAGUGAAAUACACUGCCGCCGAUGGAACCCCAAUCGAAUUCACCUACACCGCUGACGAAGGUGGCUUCAAGCCAGUCGGUGCUCACAUUCCACAAGCUCCACCACACAUUGCCCGUUUGAUCGAAUGGUUGGAAUCUCAUCCAUCCGAAGAUGACGGUUCGUACAAAGCCGACGCAGCCCCAGCCCAAUAGAAAUGCAAUAGAAAACAUCAAAUAUAAUUUAUUUUUUUAAAUUUUAUAAUGUUAAUUUUGUGUAUGAAAUGGGAAGCUGAGGACUGAACGAAGGGGAAAAAUCAAUAAAUUAUUUUGAAA